GAAGAUAAAUUGGAGCAGUUGUGAGAUUAGAGAAGUUCUACAUCAAAAGUUCAAGGUAGGUCGUUAACGCGAGUGUAUCGAUACCGUUCAUUCACUUUGAUAAGUUGACCAUGAAAAGAAGUCGUACUCUGUGAGAGGGUGUGCUAAAUUUUAAUAAAAUCUAUAUGGUUACACUCGAUUUAAGUUAAUGCAGAUACACGAUCUCGUAAAGCGAGAACUAUAUUAUCUGCGACACAACACAGCUUUGAGGAGCACUUGACAGGAAAUCGGAUGAAAAAUGAUUAUUCAAAACUUGCUCACAAUAAUGGUGCUGACUGCUGGUUUGGAGGCCUACAAAAUUUUGGUGUAUUUCCCAACGCCUUCCUUCAGUCAUCAACGUUCGAUAAUGGCUCUGACCGAACGGUUAAUCACAAGGGGUCACGAAUUGUUCGUGAUCAGCCCAAAUCCUGUACCGGGACUCGACAAUCACGAGAAUUACACCUUCGUGGAUCUCUCGUUUUCUUAUAAAUAUUUCUCGGACGAUACUCAAGAUGACGAUACUUUCAAUAUGCAAAAACCGAUAACGCGGUGGGAAUUCACUUUGCAAUUUCCAGCCUUAGCUGGUAUUCCAAGACAACAACUGCUCAGUGACGCACACUUGCGAUUUCAAAGAUUUGUCAAUGAGAAGAAAAUCAAAUUCGAUCUCGUUAUUGUCGAAACGUUUCAUGUCCCAUUCGCCUGCGUUAUGACACGAAUUUAUGAUGGAUCUGUACCUAUAAUUGCAUUAACCCCGUAUCCGACGGAGUCCAUCGUUGAAGACAGCAUAGGGUCUAUAUCACACAUGUCUUACAAACCGUCUGUCUUCAACCAUUACACGAACCGGAUGAAUCUCUGGCAAAAAAUGGACAACUGGUUUGCGGACUAUUAUGUCGGGACUGCAUACAGACGGGCACACGACACCUCUGUCAGAGGUUAUCUCAAGGAAAUGUAUGGCUCGGGAUCUGAGAAGCUAGCAGAUGAUUGCUGGUCUAAUGUCAGUCUGGCGCUGGUAGCAAGUAACCCGCUCUACUAUUAUCCACGACUUCUAGGUCCGAAUGUUGUUGAAGUUGGUCCUUUACAUCUGAAAACUCCAGAAAAACUGCCGAAGAGACUUCAAGACUGGCUGGAUGGAGCAGAAAAAGGAGCAAUUUAUUUCAGCCUCGGAAGCAAUGUCAAGAGCAAAUCGCUGCCUGCUGAAGUGAGGUCAAACUUUUUGAGGUUCUUCAGGGAGCACCCGGAAUACCGAGUGGUGUGGAAGUGGGAAUUGGAUGGAGAAAUUCCCGGACAAUCAGAUAACAUAUUGACACAAAAAUGGCUGCCACAGGACAGCGUUUUAGCUCACCCCAAGUUGAAAGCAUACAUUAUGCAGGGAGGCCUUCAAAGUUUCCAGGAAGCUGUCCACUACGGCGUGCCUUUAGUUGGAAUUCCUUUUUCCGGUGACCAAGAUUGCAACGUCGGAAAAAUUGUAGACGCUGGGAUAGGGGUCAAGCUGGAAGUACAGGAUCUGCACGCGUACGAAAAAAUCAAAGCCGCCCUUGAAGCAGUGCUUUUCGAUGAAAGGUACUCCAAGAAUAUGAAGAGACAUUCCUCCAUAUCCCGGGAUUUUACCUCUAAAGGCAUGGACCAGGCGGUCUUUUGGGUAGAGCACGUGGCUAAGCAUGGUGGAGCGUCUCAUUUGAGACCAGCAACUGCCGAUUCCACUAUGUUUCAAUAUUUUUGUUUAGACAUUAUAUCCAUACUUCUGAUUUUCAUUUCUUUCGUCAUCUAUACUGUGUAUUGUUUAGGUAGGUUUGCUUUUUCUUUCAUUGUUUUCAAAGAGUCUCAAACAAAAAUUAAAAAAUCUUAAUCUUUCCAACGUAUUGUAGAAUACUAGUUGCACCGCGUUCAACAGAAGGGAGCCAAGCCUCAUCAGCUAUUUCUGAAUUUAAGUGGGCAAUUUAAGUUUUUACGAGGGAACGUUGGCAGGGAUUCCUUUGAAAUGUCUAUGGAAUUUGCUUCGUACUGUGGAGAAAAUUCACUGAAAUUUGCAUGAAAAUCCGCAAAACCGUUUUCAAUUAAAAAAUUAAAUUUUCCAAUUAAAUUUGGUAAUAGCUUAUACGACUGGAGCGUCUCAUUUGAGACCAGCAACUGCCGAUACCACUAUGUUUCAAUAUUUUUGUUUAGACAUUGUAUCCAUACUUCUAAUUUUAAUUUCUUUCGUCAUCUAUAAUGUGUAUUGUUUAGGUAGGUUUGUUCUUUCUUUCAUUGUUUUCAAAGAGUCUCAAACAAAAAUUAAAAAAUCUUGAUUUUUCCAAUAGAUUGUAGAAUACUUACUGGUUGUUACGGCGAUUAAGUUGUCAAAGAAACAGAAGUCUUGACAGGCGAGCUUUAACAAAAAGUGUAUCAACCGCAACUUGAUGUAUACGUAUUUAUUUUGGUAUUAAUUUAAAAUGUAUUUUAUUUCUUCACGUAAAACAUUAAUUAAUUGAAAGCCAAAAUAUACAAGACUAGUUCCACUUUAUA